AUGUUGCUUUGGAAAGAAGUGGUCACUGAUGGACUCUUCUUCCAGGUGUUUGCCAACAUGCACUCCCAGAUGUAGGUGCCCAUGGUGAGAAUAUUGGUGUUUGGGGUCCUCAUGGCUUUCAUGGUGCUGCUGCUAGACCUUGAAACAGUAGUCCAGUUCCUGUUCAUUGGCACACUGCUGGCCUACAGUUUUGUGGCCACCACUGUAACCGUGCUAUGCUUCCAGGAGUUCCCUCCUUUUAGCUCCCCAGCCCCAGCCAGCUCUGGCCUCAUGGCCAAGGAAUACAACUCCUUCCAAAAUUGCUGCCAGCUGGUGGGCACUGAUCAGGCCUCAGCCAAGCUCAGGCAGCUAUGGCCAAUGCUAACGCCCUACCUGGGCUUCUUGGGGUGCAGCCUUGGAGCCCCUGUGGCUUGGGCACUAGGUGUCAUGGUGGCUUCGGCCAUCAGCCCAGGCUGUGCACUGGUCUUUGGGGACUCAGCUGUGCACCUCCCACGCUGGGGCUACAUCCUGCUGCUCCUACUCAGCACUACAUUGCUUGUGCUUAGUCUCCUCAUCCUGGGGGCCCACCAGCAACCUCAUUAGCAGGUCACCUUCCAGGUACAUCCCGUGGCCAACCCCCACUCACUGUCAGCCAAGCCAGCUCCCUCUGCCCCUUCCUCCUCUGCUGUGGCAGGAUGAGCCAGGGUAUCACAAGGCUGGGGAGGCCAGCAUACCCCUCUCUGCAUGGGGAGUGGGCAGCUGUCUCCAGAAUCUGGAGAAGUGAAGGGCUUUGUGGAUUCCCAAGAAAUCAGGUCCUGGGCCUGCAGACCUUCCUGGUGCCUUUGACUGCAGCCCUGAUCAUCCUCCUUAACACCUGCCUCAGGCUGAAGCUGAUCUACCUGACUUGGUUGUGCUUGUCCAUCUGGUUGCUACU